CUGUUCGUUGUUUUCCUUCGUCGCGAGUGGACGUGUUUUCUCCGGUGCGGAAGCCUCACACAGUUGCCCCGUUUAAGCGUGGUUCGAAUACGGUGCCGAGCUACAACAAAAAAGUGUGCAUUUUCCAGUUGAAGAUCGUUCUGCCUGCUUCUAGCCAACGUGCAGUGGCAUUAAAGUGUUAAUGCGAUAUUGAUGAACCAUCAUCGUUCGUAAGGUGUUUUUUUGUGCGUGUGUUUAGAAAAGCAUAAAAUUAUAACUCGCAAGACAGAAACAAAAAAAAACCAUUCAAUCCGUGUGAAUUCGGAGAAACACUUCAAGGAAAGCAAGCAACACCGUACCGGUACCGGUAGACGGAAAGUAGCACACUAUCGGUGAGAAACUGGACGAUAGUGUUGUUGUUUGGUGGAUUAUUUGAACGCGGUACGGCGUGGAAAAUUGUGCGAACGAAACACACACACGCACUCCGAACAGUUCGAUAAGUGAAUACGGCAGUCAAUACAGCGUACAAGAAUGGCAUCUCCAACACCAGCUCCCGUGAAGAAAGUGCCGAUUCAUCUACAGAGUGCGCAAAAUAGGCUGUACAUCAAGCGCGGUCACGUCGUAAACCAUGAUGGAAUGCAACAGGCGGAUGUGUACAUCGAGGACGGAACUGUUCGGUACGUUGGUUCCGGUGCGGACUUUGUUGUUCCCGGCGGUUGCCGCACGAUAGAUGCUGCCGGUAAGCUGGUUAUGCCCGGUGGUAUCGAUCCGCACACACAUUUCCAGCUCGAAUUCGGAGGCACUGUUUCGGUGGAUGAUUUCUACAAGGGCACCAAGGCCGCCGUUGCCGGUGGCACCACAACCAUCCUGGACUUUGUGCUUCCGAAGAAGGGCGAAUCUUUGCUCGAGGCGUACGAUACGUGGCGAGCACGGGCCGACCCGAAGGUGGUGUGUGACUAUGGGCUGCACGUUGGCAUUACCUGGUGGUCCAAGUCCGUCCGGGAUGAGAUGAAGAUCCUCUGCCAGGAACGGGGCGUCAACUCGUUCAAAUGCUUCAUGGCGUACAAAGGUCUGUAUCAGCUGAACGAUUCCGAGCUGUAUGAAGUGUUCGAAACGUGCAAGGAGCUUGGGGCGGUGGCGAUGGUGCACGCGGAAAAUGGCGACAUCAUUGCGAAGAACGUUACCAAACUGCUGUCCGAAGGUGUGACCGGCCCGGAAGGCCAUGAGCUAUCGCGCACGGAGGAGGUCGAGGCAGAGGCCACCAAUCGCGCCUGCGUUAUUGCGCAUCAGGCUCAAUGCCCGUUGUACGUUGUGCAUGUAAUGAGCAAAUCGGCCGGUAUCGAGGUUGCUCGUGCUCGUCGCCGCUACAAUGCGGUUGGCAUCUUCGGCGAAACGCUGGCGGCUGCACUCGGCACCGAUGGUACACAUUACCAUGACAAAUGCUGGCAUCAUGCAGCCGCCCACAUACUCAGCCCACCGUUGAGACCCGACCCUACAACGCCGGAAUUUAUGAUGAAACUGUUAGCCCAGGACGAUCUGCAGACCACUGGCAGUGACAAUUGCACCUUCAACCGUAACCAAAAGGAGCUGGGACUGAAGGAUUUCUCCAAAAUUCCCAACGGUGUUAACGGUGUCGAGGACCGAAUGUCCGUAGUUUGGGAGAAAGGCGUACAGUCGGGAUUGAUCGAUCCCCAGCGUUUCGUAGCCAUCACCAGCACGAAUGCGGCCAAAAUUUUCAACCUCUACCCACGGAAGGGACGCAUCGCACAUGGCUCCGAUGCCGAUUUAAUCAUCUGGGACCCGAAAGCGGUGCGCACGAUUUCCGCUUCUACCCACCAUCAGGCGUGUGACUUUAACAUCUUCGAAGGCAUGAAGUGUCACGGCGUGCCGGAGUUUGUGAUUGUGCGAGGACGGGUGUGCGUCGAGUACGAUUUGAUUCGCGUUGCCGAAGGUCAAGGUUCGUUCCUGGAAACACCCGUCUAUCCAUCGUUCGUGUAUGAUGCAUUGAAUGGGACCGUUUCGGAUUACGGUUCGGACGAAAAGCAUGCCCGCAAUGGGAUCCAAAGCCUGGACCUAAACUCAAAAUCCAGUCACGAUGUAGAUAUUCCCGAUGCAUACGCCUUGCCCGAGAAGUACAUUCCCGGGCCGGCUUUGAGUGUUAUUUCGGGCGAUUCACAGCUCAGCACUCCCCACAGUGCACGCGGCCAUCGUCCCGAUGGAACGAAGAAUAUGCAGGAGUCUACAUUUUCUAUCAGCGAGGAACUUGACAAAUCGGAAGCACGCUCGUGCAUUCGCGUACGGGCUCCCCCCGGUGGAAAGUCUACCGGCUUCUGGUAAGAGGAGUGGCUAUGGCCAGUGCGUAACGGAACGGAAAUGAAGGAAUGGUAUGCAAAGUUACCUCUCAACGCUAUCACCUCCAACCAUCCAAAGAAGUACACGCGUGCACCAAGUAAGAGCAUAAGGCACGGAGAGCAACCACCAUAAACACACCAACUACUAGGAGAUACUUUCGAACGACAUACAGCAAUGGUCACAAAAUGGAGAACAGCAACUGUUAGAGGCAAACCAUAUCAAAGCGACCAAACAGAACGGAUCAUUGCGAUCAAGACAGUUGGCAACGUUUGACAUUGGUUCCAAAGGCGCUGGAUGAAACCAAACAAUCAGCUAAGUAAACUAAACCUAUCUAUACGUUUUCGAGGUUACGGAGCGUUCCGUUCGGGCGAAUUAAAAUAUGUCGGUCUGCGGUUUUUGAGUCGUUUCCGAGCGCUGCACCAUUGCACUAGGAUCAUGUUUAAGUUAUUUAAUUUAUUUUACUUGUUUCUCGUGACUAAUUAGCUGCUAAAUGGUUCAUUUGUACACCGUCGGUACAUUUUUAUCAUACAGUUUAGUUUAGCCUUGUGACAAACGACACAAAAUGAAUGCUAUAGAAAUGUACUUUAAAGGAAGUUUAAGCAUGUGCAAUAGACGUAGGAUACUUGAAUCGCAGGGCUAUGCUUUCAGCAAGCACAUCAAUCAUUCAAAUCAAACAAACAAAACUUCACACACUGGUUGACGCACAAUGUCCUGAUAGGGAUUUGGCUAUAGUGAGAAGGGAUCGAUCUUCGUUUUUUUUUUCAAUCUUUCAGACCAGUAGACAUACACACGCUGUCGGUUAGCCGAUGACCUAUGCUGCUUAUUUUUACUCGUAGCUAGGAUUGAAAAAUUUAUAAUCACUGGCAGGAACCAAACAAUCGGAUGAACAUGAGCAAGCCAAAGUUGGUAGAGAUUAAAAUGAGGAAAACGCGACGGGACCUAAAGUAUGUUUUUGGGUGACUUACAUGUGUAGAUCGCUACAAAAUGCCUUCAUAGAUUUUCUUUUCCUUGAGCAAGUGUCUCGUUGUAUGCAUGCAAUUGGUUUGGCCUUAUGCGAAGCUGAACUGCUACACUACUACUAGCUUGUACUAGCGAUAAAAUAUUUAUUCGUGAACGCUUCGUUUGGUUGUUUUUUUUUACUACUAGCUCCAAAUAUACACUCACCUAAAUUAAGCGAGCGGUUUUCCAUCGUUAGAUAAGAGAGGUAUGCGUUUAAUACAAAACCCAUUAAAUACUACGUCGACGUAAUCGUAUUGAAAUGCUGGUUACUCUGGUACCCCGGAAAUAAAGAAAAGAGA